UCCGCAUGGGAUCAUAUCUUCGAAGACAUUCCUUCCACACCACCAGUCGACCUCAAACCCAUGCGUGCACCGCGACCCUCCAAUUCCUCACCACGGCCACGCCGACAGACCAUGACUGCGCGCGAGAUCAGUGCCUUCGAUGAUAUGUUCAACAUGAUCUUCAAUGCCGCUAGCGAGCGUAAGAACCAAGCACACCAAGCUACCCAAGGCGCCAGUAUCGGCGCGGUCCCCGUAACUGCGCCUGGCUCCGACGUCGGCGAUCUCUACACUCGUCUGCGGAAGCACAGCCGCGUGCGGUGGACGAACGACGAAGACGCGGAGCUCGACAAAAAGAAGGAGCAGAUGGAACUGUGUGAAUCAGACCAGGAUCUGCUAGAGUGGGCGAUGCGCGAGGUGUUUGGUGAGUCGAAGCGAUAUGAAGAGGCGGCGUGGAAGGCGGCCCAGGCAGCAGCCAAGGCGAACGCAGGUGUUGCCGACAAAUUGCUGCCUGUGCUCCAGCCACCAUCCUACCCGCACGUCCUGGCGUUGCUCAUGCGGACGUUCCGGGACAAGUACAAGGACCCCAAUCUGGCGCUGUCCAUGUUCGACCACGCGCGUCAUCUGUCGAUACCAUCAUACGUGUUCGGGUGCACGACGCCCGCGUACAACGAGCUCAUCACCACCCGAUGGCAAUGUUUCCGCGACUUGCGGGGCGUGUGCGAGACGCUGGAGGAAAUGCGUGUGAACGGCGUCAUGCCAGAUGCGAAAACACGCGCGUUGGUGGAGGCCCUCAGGCGGGAAGUGGGCGAGCGUAACCUGUGGGUCGAGGAGAGCGAGCUCGGCAGCGGUGAGGUGUGGUCGAUGCUGAACAGGAUCGAAAAAUUGGUCGCGAAGCCGGUGCCGGCGCAAGGCCCGAGAUCUAGGCCUAGCGACUUACUACAACGGCGAGGUUCUGCGUGGGUGUCGAAUGCGCCUCACGACGUCUGGAAGAACCCCGAGCUUCACGAAAACGACUAG